UAAAAUGGCAGUUGACAAUCUGGUUGACAACUGACAAAGUGACAGCGAAUUGCGAUUUGUAAAAUACAAAACAUUACUCGGAGACUUUCAUAAAUCUAAGCCAUUUAUUUAAAUUAAUAAGAGCUCCCGUUACAUAAUGUUGAAGCCCAAAGCCCUAACUCAAGUUUUGAGUCAAGCGAACACCGGCGGAGUGGAAAAUACACUGUUACUGAAUCACCAAGGGGCUCUUUUAGCUUAUUCUGGAUAUAAUGACAAGGACGCCCGAGUCACGGCGGCUAUCGCAAGCAACGUGUGGUCCGCGUACGAAAAACAUGGCAGAAAUGUCUUCAAGGAUGACAAACUUAACUUAAUAUUAGUUGAUUGUAUGAACGGUAAAAUAGCUGUUACACAAGUAGCCAAUUUACUUCUGUGUUUAUAUGCUAAAGAAAAUGUGGGAUUUGGUAUAUUGAAGGAGAAAAUAAAUGCAAUAUCUCAAUACCUCGAGGGGCCUUUGAAACAAGUGGCUAGUUCGUAAGAUAGCUUCGACUUUGGCUUAUUUUUAUGAAUGUUAUUAUAGUAAGAAUGUAAAAUGAUUGAAUAUACCUUUAAAAUAUGCAAUAAAAAAAUAUAAGUGAAUAACUUUUACAUGAGUGUAAAUAAGACCAUUUCACUGUCUCUAAGCAGCAUGCUUUAUAAUACUGUAUGCUAUAGUUAUUUGAAUUGUAUGAAGGUUGUCUUGUAAAACAGUUUAAUGUGUUUAUGGCUAAACAUAUUUAAACACAAUAUUUCAGUUAAUGUGUUGAGCAUGUAACGAAUUUUUGUUAUGUAUCGCAGGCUGAAUCUUCAGCACCAUUGAUUAGUAUUUUGUCUAUUUCAAUGUUUACCUUCAAGUUUCUUAAUUGCUAAAGCUAUUGUCAUUUUGGUAGCUUCUACCCUCAAGCAAUAAGUAUUAAGGAUUAAACUUUAGACAAAUAAAUAUUAAUAAAAAAACGAAGUUAUACAUAAAUAAUAGGUAUUAAAAUUUAUAUAUUUCAUUUAUAUGUAAGAAAUAAAAAUUGUAAAUGCUGAUACAAUGUUCAAUUUAAUUAAUUUCAUAUUACAUCAUAUAUGAUUUAAAUAUAUUGCGUUAGCCUAGCCUAGUUCCAGAAACAUAAA